AUGACAACUCGAUGCUUCUUCAUAUUUUGGGUUGCCUGUGCUUCUCUUCUGGACGUUUGUCAUGCUGUCCUUGAAGCCAACGAGAACAAACGACACGUCACCAAUAACCCUGCUUCCGCUAUCACCAGCAAUGAGACUGCGCUAUCUGUUACAACCUCUGAACUCCAGGAUGAACAGGUUAUCACUAGCUUUCUGACCACAUACGUUCUCGUCACAUUCUCCAAAAGCCUUGGCGAUGUCACGCCUUCAAUAACCCCUCAAGAUGUCCCUGCUUCCUCGGUACUCACAUUGAACUUGUCAAGUCAAGCUGUCCCUGGAGCGAACACCAGUACUAGUGCUACAUUCAGUAGUGCGACCAGUCUGCAAUCCAGUUUCCGCGGCCCAUUCGCCAAUACUUCUACCACGCCCAACUCUCCAGGAUUGUCGUCUACAUCUACGUCCCCCAUCCCCGGCUCAAAUGAUACGUUGCCGCAAAGCAGUCAUCCUGGAAAAACCAACGUCCUCUCGAGCACGAUUGGAGGGACCGAUCAGAACUACUCUUCAACGGGAACUGGCCCUACUUUCCCAACCCAGCGUUCCCAGAGACUGAAUUCUACCUUCAAUCCCUCUCAAACUCACAGGUCUCUGUCCGUGGGCGAGCCAGAACGCACCAACACAUCUCAUUCGGAUGCAACGAGGCAUAGUGAAAGUCCGAGUGUUGUCCUGCCACCCCCAUCAGUCACAAGCCUUACCCCUGCCAUUACCACAGGUUCUUCUACCACUAGGCCUGGCGAUACGAGCAGAACACAUGACAUUGUUCAGUCUUCUGGCAAUGUAGCAGAGUCUUCCACCACCUCUUUAGGCGACGACACUCCCCGAGGAGGUCUGUCGUCCACCAUUGGAACUAGCCCUAAGUCCACAAUUGGAGACGAAACUCACACCACAUCAACCGAGGAUGCCAGCAGUAGCCAUACCACCAAGAGGAAUGGACCAGAUUCUUCCACCGCUGGAAAGGAUGAUGACGAAUCGUCUACCACCAGGAGAGAAAAUGCCUCUUCUUCAACUGAAAGGAACAGCGACGGCACCUCCACAGCUCAAGAGAACGAUAGAAGCAAAUCUACCAGCAGGCAAAAAGACAGCAACUCGUCAACUGACAGAAAGAAUGACGAUGAAUCUUCAACAACCGCAAACAAGGACAAUAAGUCUUCCACCUCUCCUUCAUCUGGGAGCAGUCGGGUGUCCAGCACAUCGUCGCCCGCCCGAUCAACAACAGCUCAGCCAGGUGGCAGCGCGACAAGCGGUGUCAGCUCCACGACUUCCACCAGCUCAGACAACUCCUACACCGUCCUCUUCAUGACCGCUACGACAACGCAGCCUCCAGGCGUGGAUUCAACAACCAAAGUUACAUGGACUUCCUCCGAAGUCACCACGUCCUCGUCCGAUGGUGGCAUCAUCUUUCCUUGGAUCGUACCCGUCUGGGGCUGCAUUGGGCCGAUUUGCCAUCCUCAAUGUCUGAUUCCGUUUCUCGGUUGCAAUAUGCCUCAGCUCAAGCUUCCAGGCCCCAUGGGGUUCCCAUGGGCCACGCCACCACCUAUACCUCCCAAGGAGCCCCGGAAGGGUGACCCAAGCGAUCCUGAAGAUCCGAAGCCUUCGGAGACACCCACAACCACCUCUUCAGAAUCGUCUUGUACUGCUUCUACCACAUUAUAUCCCAACUGCGGCCAAAGCUGUGUCGCUAGAUCAGUCACUACUAUCGACAAGUCUACGAGCUUCAGCACGUCAUGUUUCACGGCCACCUGUCAGCCAAUGGUCGUCUGCAGUAAAACGGUGGAAACCACAACCACUACAACAAUCUCUACAGAUAGUGCCACGCCCUCUGAAUUCUUCUGCAGCCCAGAGUCCAACUGCGGGUAUUGUGUGCUUUCGUCUACUGAGACGCAGUCCGGUCUAUCAAAAAGAGUAAUCAACUACGUCGAUUGGAACCCUCCCGAUGACGAUGAACUACUUAACCACCCUGAUGGAAUCUGGGUUAAAGAUGUCAAAAAAGAUGCAGCGGGCAACGAUAUCCCCAUAAAUGACAGACCAUACGUGACAACCUGGCCCGCCGGUGAAGCCGCCUGGCGCUUGCGAAUGUUCCGCCAGAUCAAGAACUACUGCGACGGGGCAGAGGAGCAAUACCACAGAUAUUCCGACGGUGAAAACUCGCGGUUGGGGCCGUACGGACUGUCUACGAUGCGAGUCAGUGAAUGGGCUGACAGAGGAAUCGUCGGUGGGAGCGGUCCACUAUGGGGUUGCAGUAUUCUGAUGAUUAUCACCAAACGAGGAAUAUACGUGAGUCACAACUGGGAGGUCCCAAACUUCGCAAACCCCUACAAUUAUCCAGGACUCGACCUCAAUGAAGAGUUCCACAAAGGUGUGGAGAUGUUUUUGAAAGAGGGAGACGCACAACAUAGGGGUAUUGACCAGCUGAAGGAACAAACGCAUAUUUUCGACAACAUGCAAGAAGACACACUGCAAAUCAUUAUUUUCACUCCCCAGACUGGAUUCGUAUCUCCAAUGCGUGAGGAUCCUGUCAGAGAUGCUUUGGUGCGGCACCCGGCUGCAGUUGAACGAUGGAAAAACUUCAUUGUUGGCCUCGGAUUUCCUCGAGAUAAGAUUAUGGUCCAGGCUUACGUUAAAGGUCCUUUAUACUGGCCAGGUGUGCCUAGGCCUCUGCAGGAAGGACAAAGAGCCAUGGAUUAUUGGCAGCCGGAGUCUUCUGCAGGUCUUGCCUUCUUCCAAUACCAUCCUGCGCAUAAGGUUGAUGGGGUUAAUCGAGGCCCUACCAUCAAAGUGUUCUGGGAGUAUUACGACAAGAUAAUUUUUGAGUCGUCUUGGUGUCAUCGACAAGACGGAACGGUUGCGGCUCGCGACGACGGAGGUGGCUCCUGCCCUGUUCCUCAGGCUGCCGGUAAUAGACCAUCUGCAUCAGGUGAUGGAGGAUCCGCUUCAGCAUCCGCAUCAAAGGGGAGAUCCAAUUCCUUGAGGAAGACCUCCACCAGUAUUACUUUUACCAGUUCUCAAUCGGCAAAGGGGCCAGGUUCUAUUUCCUCCGGUAACACGGCAGUCGCCACGAGCAAAUCAUCUGCCACCAAAACCCAAGGACCAAGCUCCACAGCACCAUCAUCAAGCCCUCCAUCCUCAAGUACAGAUGAGCCGCUCAAACGUACUGUCCAUAUCAGCCAAGAAAUCCGGGGUAAUGUACAUAAGAAUGACGACGUGCACAUGGCGAACAUCACAAUAUCCGAGACCAAGGAUGGCGACAAGACCGUUUUGGAGAGUGAGCAGCACAGCGACGGUGGCAAAUUCAGAUCUCUACCGAGUGCGCAAACUUUGACGGAUGACCAAGGCAACGAGCUUAGAAUCGAGUUCAAAAAAAGGGAACACCAUAAUAUCACGUUGUGGGCGAAUAGUAAUGGUAAGCCGGAAUUCUGGAGCAUUGAGAAUCUCGAGAAAGACGAGAAGAAUCCAAUGAAGCCAUGGUGCGAAGUAAAUAGCACCGUCCCGAACAGAUCUGCCGUUCUUAUUCAAAGAGAGAUUGAGUGCUUUUACUUUGUGUGA